AUGGCUCCACCAGAGACUGACGAUGGUGAGGCUGCUAACGAGCCACUGAAUGAUCUGCCCGCGCGGACAGGCCUCGAUUUUCUGCGAGCGCUGCAUGCGAACCCUCCGCCUGUUGGCACUGCAGGCCCGUCUGCUUGCAGCAAUGAGAAAGAGCCCGUUGCAACGCCAUGUGCCUCUAAUCCCGUCGCGCCAGGAAGUGCUCCCGCCACUUUCAGCAUCACAGAGGUGGGUGAGUCAUCGUCUGUAGCCUCGAAGAAGCGGCGUCGCUUCGCGCAAGGCGUCCUACCGUUCUGCAUGCCCCCUGCGAAACCGACUUCGCCUCCCGCUCUUGUCCAAGCUCCGAAGCGUGCGUCCCGUGAACUCACCGAUGCUGAGAAGGCUGAGGAGAAAUUUCUAAAGGCGCAUCAGCUAUACAUCACGCAGUGGCUGCCGAAGUUUGACUGGCUGCUGCUUGACAAGAACGAGGAGGGCCUGCCCAUUCUGCGAUGCAGCAUUUGCGUGGAGCAUGGGAAAGACGACGCGAAGUUUGGACGGAACGGAACGGGGGGACGGGAUCUGCAGCUCGAAUCGAUGCGCUGUCACGAGUUGAGCGGCCGCCACGACGAAGCCAUGAAACGGCAGCGGACGCUCAUGGCGGAGAUCGAGAAGCAGAAGCGUAUCGACGAUUUCGCCAACACCGACAAGGAGGGCACGCGGCUUACACGUCUCAUGCGCGGCGUGGAGUUCAUCUGCGACCAUGACGCGCCGAUCGCUAUUAAAGCCUUGGUGGUCAAGGAUGCUGCGAAAGCUUUCCCCGACCUUAACAUGACCGACGCUGCUGUGUGUGCUGUGGGGGAAAUCAUCUGCCAUUCCAACAUUUGUUUGGUAAUGCCAACACUUUUUGUGUCUGACCUCUGCGACGUGCUUGGUGUGUGGCAGGUGGACAUCACACAAGUGGCCAAGGAAGUCGACCACACGAUCACCAUCAUCACGCACCAGUACAUCCAGUACGGCGAGACAUUUGGCGGCGGGGUCAGCACGAUGUUGUCCAAGUUCAUCAAAGAGCAUGGAGGCGACAACAGGACGAUGGUGGUUGAAGGGAUUGACGCGGAGGGGCGGUAG